UGCAGCCUCGGCACCGCGGAGGCAGCACCAGGGCAGCGGCCGGCGCGCGGCGGAAUGGUGGCAACGUUCAAGAUCGCCGUGCUGGGAGCCCAGGGCGUGGGCAAGAGUGCCAUAGUCCGGCAGUUCCUCUACAACGAGUUCAGCGAGGUCUGCGUGCCCACCACGGCCCGCCGCGUCUACCUGCCCGCCGUGGUCAUGAACGGCCACGUCCACGACCUGCAGAUCAUGGACUUUCCCCCCAUCACCGCCUUCCCUGUCAACACCCUGCAGGAGUGGGCGGACGUGUGUUGCAGGGGGCUCCGGAGCGUCCAUGCCUACAUCCUGGUCUAUGACAUCUGUUGCUUUGACAGCUUCGAGUACAUCAAAACCAUCCGCCAGCAGAUCCUGGAAACAAGGUAG